CAGGUGAAGCUACAGGAAGCCAACUCACAAACAAGGACCGCUAAGUAAGCUGUGAACACCUUCAGAUAUCCAUCGAAUGCCAUUAUUGACCAUUUCACUUGGAAUCUACACUGGCAGAAGCUGACUCGAAGUAUCAACUGGCAGCUAAAUGUAUGGCCAUGGCGUGGAAGCCGAGCAUCUCCCUGUUGCAAAGACUAAACAUUAAAAUAGCGUUGCAGCACUGUUGCAUAUGAACUGUCGGAUUUAUACCUGCCCCUCGAGCAGACGAAAGGUUUCUCACGGCUGCGCGCUCACAUGUGAGUCUCCACCAAUCACCGAAUUCGACCAGAUGCACCGAACGCAGAGCCACCAGAGCAACGCGAAAUGCCUGAAGAGGAGGAAGGGAUUCACCUCCUCCAUCAAGGGAGUGUCUCAUCUGUCCAGACGAGCCAAGAGACGCUUGUAUUGUAAACUGCAGCUUUGGAUGUGGAGGAAGCGGAGAGAAAAGUGCCGUUUUGGGAUAUUCCGAGGUAAAAAACGGAUCCACUCCAGCCCCUGCCUUAGUCUGAAGACGGAGACACAGAGGAGUAAAAGGAAAGGUCCGACGUAUCAGGCGCUAAACGGAGACGUUAGAACAUCGGCUCUUGGAUGUGAUACGAGAGCUGCAGAGGACAGCUUUAGAAUGCAGCACUGCCUCCUAAAACUGAGUGAGUCCGAUGGUUUGUCAGGAACACUCAUUGGUACCAGGCUCUUACAGAACCAGGCUUCGGACACAAAUGUUGCUGCAGGAACCAUCAAUCAAACGUCACCGUCUCAGAGUACAGACUCCUUACAACAGACUGCCGAACCCCCACUGAGUGCAGACGGGUGUGAGGACAUUGCACAGUUAAAGGUACUGAGAACAAUGGCCGCACGAACGCCGUCAGAACACCACAUCACCGUCGCUGCGGGUCAGAACCAGACUGCAGCCAGAGAUGCUGACGAGAGAACGAGCUGUAGACUUGCAGCAUCUCCUCAGACCGACAUCAGCCUCAAAGCGCUGACCAACGACAUCCACGAGUUCCUCGACGACUUCUACAGGACGUACGGAAGCUUCAUCCCGCUGCAGAAGAGCGACAUGUUGAAGCAUCUGAAGAGGAAGUUCAACAGUCACUUCAGCGACAGGAAGAACAUCAUCUUCUCAGAAGUUACCAGACACCAAGCCGCCAUAGUUCAGAAGCCCGCUCCCUCGUUCCAGGUGCUCUACAAGAAACACACUCUGACUCUGGAUGAUCUGUUGACUCUGGCAGAUCAGAACUGGCUCAACGACCAGGUCAUGAACAUGUACGGAGAGCUGAUCAUGGAGGCGUCCCAUCACAAGGUUCAUUUUCUCAACAGCUUCUUCCACCGGCAGCUCAUGACCAAAGGCUACGACGGUGUGAAGCGAUGGACGAAACAGGUGGAUUUGUUUUCUAAGAGCCUCCUUCUGGUGCCCGUCCACCUGGAGGUCCACUGGUGUCUGGUGACCGCCGACGUCGUCAAGAAGAAAAUCUGCCUUUACGACUCUCAAGGGAUCGCACUCCAGAAGGUUGCAAGGAACAUCCUGAAGUACUUGAUGACCGAAGCGAAAGAGAAGCAGCAAGCGGCUUUCGAGAGCGGCUGGAUCACGUCGUUCGAUGAGAAAAUCCCGCAACAGACGAACGAGAACGACUGCGGAGUUUUUGUCCUGGAGUAUUCUCGAUGCCUUGCACUGAGCAGACCGCUGCAGUUUUCACAGAGCGACAUACCAAAGAUACGAAAGAGGAUCUACAAAGAGCUCUGCGAUUGUAGGCUCCACGAACAGGACUGACGAGCCGUUUUUUUGUUUUGUUUGUUUUUUUUGGACGUAUGUAUUUAUUGGUGAUGAAUGAUUUGUGCUGCUACUGAUUAGCGGUCUCUGUGUGGAGCAGCCUUACAGCACCGUCUACAUCUGACCCCAAGCUGGACACCAUCAGUCUUGCGUGGACAGCCACAACAUUAAAACCACCCGGAUGUUACCGUGUCACCAGAGCAGCUCUGAUCCAUCGAAACCCUCGAGUUGAGACCUUGAACUCUUUGUCAUGAAACAUUCCCGAAACACUGUUCAGAGAGGUGUCAGAGUAACAUCCACAUAAAAGCAGGAAGCCAGAUUUCUCAGCAGAACAUUGCCCAGAGCAUCACACUGCCUCUGCCGGCUCGCCUUCGUCCCACAUCCUGCUGCUCCGUGGUCCAGUUCUGAACAGUCUGCAAGCUGUGAUGAAUUCUUGCAUUAAGGUUUUAUGCCGCAGUAGCUCUCCUGUGGGGUUGGAGCUCACGGGCUGGCCUUCCCGCCCCACACACUGCCCGGGAAUCGGAUUCAUUUUUGGUAGAAUCGCCUCCAAGACCUGCCGUUUUUAGAGACGAUCUAACUUGUCGCAGGUUAGCCAUCGUCAAAGGGGCUCAUUUUUCCUGCACAUCGAUCUCAAAAACUGACCGCUCACACGCUGCCUGAUGUGUUCCGCCUCUUGUUGAGGUGCCGUCGUUAUGAGAUAAUCAU